AUGCAGCUGACGACGGAGUUUUUCGCGGACAUGAUGGGAGAAAACGUGCAGCCGAAGGACGUCUUCCUUGCUUUUACUGUAGACCAGGGCGGCAACGUGGUAAAUGCUUGCCGAAACUUGGAUGUUGAAGUUCUCAAGUGCAACGCCCACCGGCUCAACUCCGUCACGAUGUGGGCCUUGGGGAUAAAUGGUUCCAUCAGAACGGGCGAGAACCCAGCCAUGGAAAAGCUGAUGAAGAGGCUGGCGGCGGUAGUAGGGGUGUUCAGCCACUCCGCGGUCAACAACGACGAGCUCAAGGACAUCCAGAGACUGCAAGAAGAGUUCCAGAUCAUCUACGAACUAAUCAGGCGCAACGACACGAGGUGGGCCAGUCAACACGCUAUGAUGGUUCGGCUACUCAAGCUGAAGAAGGCAAUCGUGGAGUACUUCAGGGACAACGAGAACAACAACCGGAAGUUGUCCUCGCGUGAGUGGACGGUCACGAACGAGGUUUGCAGCCUGCUGGACGUCGUGGCGGAGGUAACCGUCAAGAUCCAAGGCGCCACCGACACCCACAUCAGCCAGACGAUGUUCAACAUGCGCGAGAUCAGGGAGAUCUUCAGCGGAGACGUGUACAAGAUCCGCGUACCAGACCAACCCUACAACGACGACAGCGUGUUGAAGGAAAAAAUCCAGGUGGACGACCUGAUGACCGAGACGUGUAAGGUACGGGAGGUUGUGCUCUCAAGGAUGGAGAAGAAAGAGCUCGGGGCGGCAAGAAUGCCCUUGGAGCGCAUCUGCGCGCUGCUAGACCCGAGACGGAAGGAUUGCUCGGACGAGCAUCUCGUCAACGGCAGCGCAGAUCUGAAGGCCUCUGCGAUUGCUGACGUUAAGAGCGUGGCCAAGACGUUCGCGGAGGCCGAUCUCGGGUCGGCGUCCUCAUCCGCUGGGAGUGGUGGAGCGGGCGGCGGCGGAGAGUCCAACCAGCCUGCGCCCAAGAAGCAGAAGGUCCUCUCGGACCUGGAGGAAAGGCGACUCCAACGUCUCGCCAAGUCGAAGGCAGCUAGCGCCGGUAGAGCUGCACCGGCGGCAGUUUCUACAGCGAGGCGGGGCGCGAUCGUUGAGCGGGAGCUGCGGAUGUACUUGGCGGAAGACCCCGCCGAGGAGGAGUACGACUUCUCGCUUCUUGAGUUCUGGCAGCGGAGGAGCAAGCCCAGAACAUGCGCCGAAACGGGCGAAGUCGAGCCAGGCUUGCCGCAUUUGGCGCUCAUCGCUCGGUUGUUCCACGGGAUCGAGUCUACUAGCUGCCAGGCAGAGAGGAACUUUUCAGCCCUUGCGUUCCUGAUUGGCAGCCUGCGCAGCUCUAUGCUACCCGGCAAGGUAGAGCGACUGAUGUUCCUCCGACUCAACAGGCUGUACAUCCCAGAGGUCAAGGCCCUUCACGACGCCGUUGAGGCCAACAAAGCAGCGGCAGCUCGGUGCCAAGAGAAAGUUGCACAAGUCGAGGCGGAAGCAGCUGGCGACGCUGUCGUCUUGACACUCUAA